AUGAUAGAAGGAACAAUUAAUAAUGUUCUUGCCAUUGAUUCCGAAUCAUUUUAUGUUACAACAUUCCGUAAAUAUAGACACGAUCAAUCACCAUUUCUUUAUAAUAUAGAAUUUCUUACAAAACGACGUUGGACAAACGUUUUAUUUUGUUCAAAAAAACUUAAAACAACACAAAUAUCAUCAUGGAAUUGUACUGUGGUUGCUGAUUCAAUUGGAAUGGCAAAUGGAAUUUAUUCAUCGUCUAAUAUGGAAUUAAUCUAUGUUGCAGCUAGUCUAGAGAAAAAAAUUCAUGUUUAUAAACGUGAUACAAAAAAUAAUUCUUUAAAAUUAUUACAUUCAUUGAAUAUACCAGGCUUUCCUGAUAAUUUAUUUAUUAAUGAUCAAGAUCAAUUACUUAUAGGCGGACAUCCAAAAUCAUUCUUAUUUCUUCUUCAUUCAUUAAAUUCUCAUAAAUAUCAAGCACCAUCACAAGUUUUACUAUAUCGAGAACCGGAAAAAAGAAGUUUACCAGUUUGUGAUCUUGUUAUAGAUCCUGAUUUAGGUUUUUUAGAUGAAGUUUGUGGUUUAUAUGAUUUUGAAAUUGAUUCUCUUAAUAGAUUACGAUUGUAG